GUGACGCAACCGGACCGUUCCCCGCGACAUGUCCGGUUGCUAAGUUAGCUAGGAAGCUAGCUGCACUUAGCUGACCAAAUGAUGUGGCUACAAGAAGAAGAUCCCGCUUUGCGACGUGCGAGCGAUGAAACUGUUAGUUUGAAGAGAUGAAUCGACUACGUCAUAUAUUAUAAAGACAGCUUCGUACUCAGACGACAGGCAGACAACGCCCAUGCCAUGGCAGCAGGUGUCAGCAUACUGAGUGACCUGCCUUACUCCACGAGUGGAGCCCGCAGUCGAGAGAUCAGCGCAGAGAUGGAGGCAGCCAAUGCAAGGGUCCCUACUGCAAAGUACACCAAGAUGGGUGAGACCUUGAGACAUGUCAUCCCCGGCCACAUGCAGUGCUCCAUGGCCUGUGGAGGGAAAGCCUGUAAAUAUGAGAACCCCUCUCGCUGGAGUGAUGAGGAGCAAGCCAUCAAGGGACUCUACUCGUCCUGGAUUACUGACAACUUGCUAGCUAUGGCAAGGCCUUCCACUGAGAUCAUAGAGAAAUAUAACAUAAUUGAACAAUUUCAAAGGUGUGGUUUGAAAACCAUCAUUAACCUCCAGCGGCCGGGAGAACAUGCCAGCUGUGGGAACCCUUUGGAGCAAGAGAGCGGCUUCACUUACCGACCUGAAACUUUCAUGGAGGCAGGCAUAUAUUACUACAACUUUGGAUGGAAGGAUUAUGGUGUGGCAUCCCUGACUACAAUCCUCGACAUGGUGAAAGUCAUGUCAUUUGCUGUCCAAGAGGGAAAGAUGGCCAUCCACUGCCAUGCCGGCCUCGGAAGAACAGGUGUAUUGUUGGCUUGCUAUUUGGUCUUCACAACCCGCAUGAAUGCUGACCAGGCCAUCCUGUUUGUGCGAGCCAAAAGACCCAACUCCAUCCAAACCAGAGGCCAGCUUCUAUGUGUCAGGGAGUUUGCCCAGUUUCUGAUCCCUCUUCGAAGCGUUUUCUCCUGUGCUGAACCCAAAGCCAGUGCCGUCACCUUGUCUCAGUACCUCACCCGUCAGCGACACCUGCUGCACGGCUACGAGGCUCGGCAGAUGAAGAACGUGCCAAAGAUUGUCCAGCUGGUGUGCAGGAUGCUCAUCGACAUCGCAGACAACAGAGAGGUAGUGAUCGAGGAGGAGUGGUUGGAGAUACCUGACCUCACAGCUGAGGUAGAGAAGACCGUGUCCCAGUUGGCCCUUCAACAGCUUGGGAAGGAAAUGAAAGGGAAAGGGAUUCCCCUUCUAUGUAGUUCGUCUCAUCCUCUCAGCCCAGUACAGCUACAGCCCAGACCUGCUAACGAUCAGCCUCUCAACAGUGACUAUGAGCUCGACCCCCUGUGGAGGCAGCAGUAUGGAGAAAGCCCUCGCAGAUCUUCUCUGUGCAAGAACAGGAGCUACAGUGAUUCUGUCCUUCACAAGCUGGGGCAACGCCAACAUCACUUAGGAAAUCUGAAGAGCAACAACCCAGUCAACCGCCUAAUCAAACAUUCAUUUUCUCACAGCAGCCUUACUGCCUGUAACCCCUCCAGAUUUUGUGACCUCUCUCCUCAGAACAUUUUUAGCAGCAAUCAGAAUCCCAGUACAGACACAAAGGAAGACCCUGGAUCUCCCAUUUUAAAAAGUCCACCCCUUGAAGGCCAUCAGUGUUUUCCUUUAGGUUUCUCCGAGGAGAGAAGAAGAUCCCACUGCAUUGCCACACUGCCUGCUUUAUCAGCCAGGAGCAAACUGGUAGCUGUUGAAGAGAAUGUGUCAGCGGGUGAUACAGGAAGCACAGGGGACUUCACAGAGGUUCCUUUCAUCACUCUCCAGUCUGAGCUCUCACCAGAGAGCAGACGCGUGCUGGUGGCAAAAGCUCUGGCCAUGGAACUGACAGACAAGGAUCUUAGCUCCAAGGUGUCAGUGUGGCAGACUGAGCUGAACUCCAGAGAGGGAGCGUGGGAGAGGCUGUGUAAGGAGAGAGACCCUCUGGUUCUUUCCAGUCUGAUGUGGUCGUGGGUGGAGCAGCUCAAGGAUCCAGUCAUCAGCAGUGAGGAUAUAGAAGCGCUCACUGAAAAGAUUGUAAAUCUGCAGAACGCCCUCGAUUCACUUGAAAAGGGUCACCGCCUCACUUUGCUGUGUAUCCUCGACUGCGCUGCUCAUCUCCUGCCGGUGCCUGAAGAAGUGGAGACCAGUUUUCUUAACCAAACCAUUAAAGUGUUUACUAAGAUGGACCCUGCCUCAGAGGAGAACCAGUCUCUGUAUGCAACACUGAAAGCAAUCCUGACUCCCAUUCUUCACGAGCUGCAUGACAAAGCUGUGAAGGAGAAUGAAGCCUCCUGAUUGGCCUUGCCGUGAUCAGCCUGUCUAGAAGAGGAGUCACAUAUGAGGUUCCAUCUUUAUUUGUGGGCAUUACUGCAUUAGAGGCUACUUCUUGCACCUGACGCUGCUGAGAUCUGCCAGUCUGUAGUGUUUGACGCUAAAUGUUUAGCAUUGUUUCCUUUGAAGCUCUGAAUAGACUCCGAGUACUGCUACUCUCCGUGUUAACGUGCCACUCUGCUCACCGUUUGUUGGUUACCUGUUCUUUGUGUUGGACUAGAUUUUGCUUUAUUAUCUAACUCAUAGCUGGGAGGGAGAUGACUAAGAAACAUUUCAUUAUGUUAAUGUAAUGUUAUUUAAAUGUGUGACUCAGCUCUCUGGGUUCUUGGCAAGGAGCAGGGUCUUAUUUAAACCAAAAGAUGUUUUUACACUGUGCAGAGGCUACAAUGUGUCUUAUUUAUUCAGAUGUUCUUAUUUGAAAUGCAGAAGGUGAUUGAAUAACUAUAACCUGCAAAGCUGUUGUGUUGCUGUAGAAUGUAAGACGUUCUCUUAGUGCUGAACUGUGGCUGUUUCAGCAGUGCAAACUCGACAGGCCACAGUGCAUUUGCUUUUUUCAAUCAAUUUUAUGUACUUAAUACUGUUUACCAAAAACUCUUCAGUGUACUGUGGUGUCAUUGAUGCAUCUGUAAAACAUCAAUCUGCCUCGACUGCUGCAUUUAGCACUCUGCCUCAACUGACAUGGCCUCUGUCUGGACUCUUUUUGUGUAACGUUGCCUCACCUGUGUUUGUGUGUGUAGCUGUUGAGACGAAUCAGUGCACCACCUCACCUCAUAUCUCUUGGACGCAAUUCAGUGUAGACACGAGCUGAAUGUGGUACACCGAUGGUACUGUAGUAACACUUAGAACAUGAGACAUAGGACUGUGGAGAAUUUUCAACAAGCACUAUUUUUUCAUUGUCCCAACGAGCUACUUCUUACAGAAAUAAACAUAAC